AUGAAGUUUAAAAGACGGCUAGGAGGUACAGGGGGCGGCCCUUUCAUUGACAAUUUUGUUACCCCAUUCGAAAAACAAGUAUUGGAUACAAUAAAUGUUACAUCCAUGCAUGGACAUAUAGAAAGUGUAGAAUCGUCAACUGCUUUUUCAAAUAAGUCUAUUCCACAUGUUUCCAAUUCUAAUUCUGGAGAUGAAAACUUUUUAAUAGAUGAAGAAUGUGAUAUGUCAUUCGUUACAGAAGAAGACAGUACACAAAUAACGGCAAAGCCAAGUACUGUUGUACGAGACCAAAAUAAUUCUGUAGCUGCAGAAAAUGCAAGCAUUGCUGCCCCAAAACAGAAACUUAAAAUGAGUCGCUGGUGGAAGGAAUUUGAAAUGAAAAAGCAUCUUACUGAUGAAGAAUUGUUGGAUUUGGUCAACAUUUCUAUAGAAAGUGAAGAUGAGGUAGAAUUUGAAGAUUCCGGAGAUGAAGGCAUUGCUAAAAGCCUGCGUGAUGAACACUCAAACUUCUGA